AUGUUAAUAUUGGAUGAUGAUGAUGAUGGUAAUGAUGAAGGCGGAGGUGGUGGCGAGCUGGAGAAUGGAGUCACAUAUGGCCGGGACACUCAAAAGAAGGAGACUGACCGGGCUAGGACUGGCCGGGACACUCAAGAGGAGACUGGCCGGGCUCUAACUGGCCGGGACACUCAAGAGGGGACUGACCGGGCUAGGACUGGCCGGGAUACUCACAAGGAGGAGACUGACCGGGCUAGGACUGACCGGGACACUCAAGAGGAGACUGACCGGGCUAGGACUGGCCGGGACACUCAAGAGGAGACUGACCGGGCUAGGACUGGCCGGGACACUCAAGAGGAGACUGACCGGGCCCUAACUGACUUGGACACUCAAGAAGAGACUGGUCGGGCUCUAACUGGCCGGGACACUCAAGAGGAGACUGACCGGGCUCUAACUGACUGGGACUCUCAAGAGGAGACUGGCCGGGACACUCGAGAGGGGAUUGACCGGGCUAGGACUGGCCGGGUUACUCAAGAGGAGACUUACCGGGCUAGGACUGGCCGGGACACGCAAGAGGAGCCUGACCGGGCUAAGACUGGCCGGGACACUCAAGAGGAGGAAACUGACUGGACUAGGACUGGCCGGAACACUCAAGAGGAGACCGACCGGGCUCUAACUGACUUGGACACUCAAGAGGAGACCGGCCCGGCUCUAACUGGCCGGGACGCUCAAGAGGAGAGUGACCGGGCUCUAACUGACUGGGACACUCAAGAGGAGACUGGCCGGGCUCUCACUGGCCGGGACACUCAAGAGGGGACUGACCGGGCUAGGACUGGCCGGGACACGCAAAAGGAGGAGACUGACCGGGCUAGGACUGACCGGGACACUCAAGUGGAGACUGACCGGGACACUCAAGAGGGGACUGACCGGGCUCUUACUGACUGGGACACUCAAGAGGAGACUGACCGGGCUAGGACUGGCCGGGACACGCAAGAGGAGACUGACUGGGCUAAGACUGGCCGGGACACUCACGAAGAGGAGAAUGACCGGGCUAGGACUGUCCGGGACACGCAAGAGGAGACUGACCGGGCUCUAACUGACUGGGACACUCAAGAGGAGAAUGAUCGGGCUCUAACUGACUGUGACACUCAAGAGGAGAUGGGCCGGGCUCUAACUGGCCGGGACACUCAAGAGGAGACUGACCGGGCUAGGACUGGCCGGGACACGCUAGAGGAGACUGACCGGGUUAGGACUGGCCGGGACACUCAAGAGGAGACUGGCCGGGACACUCAAGAGGAGCCUGACCGGGCUAGGACUGGCCGGGACACUCAAGAGGAGGAGACUGAGUGGACUAGGACUGGCCGGGAGUGA